CAACAGACCCAACAACACCUGCUCCUCCAGUCGUAGUCAGCGCGCGCUCACACCACUGCUUGCUUCAGAGAGCGUCGCUUGACUGUGCUCCAUCUAGCGCUCUCUUCAAUAUCUAUUUAAACCAUGUGGGGCGUAUUUGGCGGCGGCGCGAAACGUGCGGAUGAACCUAAAGAUGCUAUUGUCAAGCUACAGUCAUCCCUGAACCUGCUAGAGAAGCGGCAAGCCUAUCUGACUAAGCAGGCCGAUGAGCAAGAGGUACUUGCGAAGAAGAAUAUGCACAACAAGAGAGUUGCAAUGGCUGCCCUGCGGCGGAAGAAGCAGUAUGAGACAGAGGCGGAUAAGCUAGAAGACACGAAGCGUACUGUUGAGACGCAGCUGUACAGCAUUCAAAAUGCCAAUGUGCAACACGAAACACUCAUGGCAAUGAAGCAAGGUGCGGCUGCUAUGAAGAACAUUCACAAGGGCAUGAACAUCGACAAGGUGGACAAGGUCAUGGACGAUAUCCAGGACCAGCUCGACAUCAGUAAUGAGAUAUCAGGUGUGCUUGGAGGGCGUAUAGGAGCAACGAAUGCAGAAGAUGAGGAUGAGCUGCUGGCUGAACUUGAAUCAAUGCAGCAAGAAGACAUUGAGCAAAAGUUGCUGCAAGGGGGCAGUGUACCUGUACAGCCGGUCUCUUCCAAAGUACCAGCUACAAAGGUAGCAGCGACCGAGGAGGAAGAGGACGAAGAGGCGGAAUUCGCGAAACUCCAAGCACAAUUCGCCAUGUAAAUGGAUCUUCGUAGCAGAAAGACAUUGUCACGACUCUCUGCCUCGUGAAGGGUUCAUUUCGGGCGUCAAUCGUACAGCUCCUGUACGAGCCAUUUGCAGCGCACCAUUUCUCGUUUCACAU